AUGCCAGCUCUCUCCCGCCGCCGCUUGUCGCGACAUUUACUAGCCCAGUACCGAGGCUACUCGCGAACAGCCUCUGGGUUUCCCAUAUCCGCGGAUCUAUGGCAUAAACUGCAGGCAGCCGCCGAGGCUGCGCAGGACUUCCUCGUCACACCCUCCGCUUCCAAUGGCCUCGUCGUCUGGAAACCGGCCGCUCGGUCGUGGCCGAAUCUGAUCCAGCAUCUCCAGACUCGAACAUCGACACACCUAGGCACCGCUGCCUCGAGCUUCCAUGCCGUAUGGCAGAACGUGAGCGCCUCGCAUCGAAGAGCGUUCCACAACUACUUUGUCACCCAUCUCCCCUCCUCCUCUCUCCAUCCCGACUCUCGAAGCUCGGCAGGCCCCGGCCACCAGCUUCCCCGCGAUGCCUCGACCCCCCACACCCCUGGGCCAGGCUCGGCUCCGGCCGUCGCAGCUCUCAACAUGCCCAACAGAGACUUAACCGUGGUCAGAAUCCCAUUACUACGAGCGAAACAUCACUACGGUGCGGCAUCAGCAAGAGGCACAAGGCCGUAUAACGAAGACACGAACCAGGCAGGGACCAUCGCAAUGCCGGCCUUUGCGAAGCGCGCCCCUGUCAGCCUGCAGAGGAAGCCUAUCCAGCAAUCAAACGAGGCGACGGCUGCCGAUAGCGCCUUGGGAGACCCUCAAAUAUUCUACUUUGGCGUCUUUGAUGGCCACGGUGGCAAUGAGUGCUCCGAAUUUCUGAGAGAUGAGCUGCAUGGCUACAUAGAGGAGGCAUCGUCGGACUUUGGACUCCAAAGCAGCUUGCGCCGGACUCGAGAACCCAGAAUGGGCCUGGGGCAGAAGGACGAGGAGGCGAACGACCCCAACGAGCCGGACAUGAAGUCUGAGGAUGAGGUCCGGCAGCAGAUGAACGUGCCAACGCAGAGCGACGGAGGCCAGAUCAAAGAGCCAGAGAAGGCAGAAGCGAUGAAGGGCGUUGAUCCGAUCGCUGCCAAGGUCGACAGCGUGCAAAAGGCCCGCCAACUGGAGCAAGGCCUCAUCGACGACUACAAGCGGACGAUUGGUGGCUACUUCCGGCGUUUCCACCCACAGCACUUCAAUGCCACGUCACGAAAGGGCCACAGCCAUCAGCACGACCCCCUCGUCACGGUCGAGUCGGUCCUCAUGUACGCCUUUCUCCGCGCCGAUCUCGAUUUUGUCUCGGCGCAGGCGCGCAAACCAGAUCCCGACGACCCGCGCCUCGGCGACUCGCCCGUCAACGACGACGAGGUCCUCGGUAAGCCCCACGCGCCGCCGUCUGGCCACGGCAUCGGCGGCACGACGCGCUUCAAAGGCGGCUCGACGGCCUCGGUGGCGCUCAUCUCGACACCGUCGCCGGCCCCCUUCUGGCAUCCCGGCGCCCAGUCGACGCUCCUCGUCGGCCACGUCGGCGACACGCGCAUCCUCCUCUGCGACACGUCGACGGGGCUCGCCCACCCGCUGACCUCGGACCACCACCCCUCGACCCCGGCCGAGGAGCGCCGCCUCCGCCGCUACGCCCCGGCCAACUCGCUCGUCUCGGGUGACUCGUUUGGCGAGCAGCGCAUCACGGGCCUCGCCAACUCGCGCGCCUUUGGCGACAUGCGCUCCAAGCGCAUCGGCGUCUCGGCCGAGCCCGAAAUCACCCGCGUCGACCUCGGCCCCGCCCAGUACAGCUUCCUCACCCUCGUCUCGGACGGCGUCUCCGGCCACCUCAGCGACCAGGAAAUCGUCGACGUCGUCAAGGAGGCCCGCACCCCCGAGCAGGGCGCCCAAAAGGUCGUCGACUACGCCACCGAGGUCUCCGCCAACGGCGACAAUGCCACCUGCCUCGUUGUCCGCCUCGGCGGCUGGGAGAGGCGCUCCGAGGGCGGCCUCGGCAGCAUGGGCACCAAGGAGAUUCGGGACGUCCGGAGGGCCGAGGCGCUCGAUCCGCGACGGGGCAAGCGGUAG